GGACUUCCUUCCCCGAGGGUCUGGAAUUGUCACUCGGCGGCCUCUCAUCCUGCAGCUCAUCUUCUCCAAGACAGAAUAUGCUGAGUUUUUGCACUGCAAAUCCAAAAAGUUCACAGAUUUUGACGAGGUGCGGCAGGAGAUCGAAGCGGAAACCGACAGGGUGACGGGAACCAACAAAGGCAUCUCUCCCGUCCCCAUCAACCUCCGCGUCUAUUCGCCGCACGUGUUGAACCUGACUCUGAUCGACCUCCCGGGAAUCACCAAAGUGCCGGUGGGGGACCAACCGCAGGACAUCGAGUACCAGAUCAAAGACAUGAUCCUGCAGUUCAUCAGCAGGGAGAGCAGCUUGAUCCUUGCUGUCACGCCGGCCAACAUGGAUCUGGCCAACUCGGACGCGCUCAAGAUGGCAAAAGAAGUCGAUCCUCAAGGCUUGCGGACGAUUGGAGUCAUCACCAAGCUGGAUCUGAUGGAUGAAGGCACAGAUGCCAGAGACGUGCUGGAGAACAAGCUGCUUCCUUUACGAAGAGGCUACAUCGGCGUCGUUAACCGAAGCCAGAAGGACAUCGAUGGUAAGAAGGACAUCAGGGCAGCGCUGGCAGCCGAGCGCAAGUUCUUCCUUUCUCACCCGGCUUACCGGCACAUGGCCGACCGGAUGGGCACCCCGCAUUUGCAGAAAGUCCUUAACCAGCAACUCACCAACCACAUUCGGGAGACGCUGCCUUCGCUGCGCAGCAAACUUCAGAGUCAGCUGCUCUCCCUGGAGAAGGAGGUUGAGGAGUACAAGAACUUCCGCCCCGAUGACCCCACGCGAAAAACCAAAGCUUUGUUACAAAUGGUCCAGCAGUUCGGUGUGGACUUUGAGAAGCGGAUCGAAGGUUCAGGAGACCAGGUGGACACGCUCGAACUCUCCGGGGGUGCCAGAAUCAAUCGCAUUUUUCACGAGAGGUUUCCUUUUGAGCUAGUGAAGAUGGAGUUUGACGAGAAGGACUUGAGGCGGGAAAUAAGCUACGCGAUUAAAAACAUCCACGGUGUGAGGACGGGGCUCUUCACCCCAGACUUGGCAUUCGAGGCCAUUGUGAAAAAGCAGGUGGUGAAGCUGAAAGAGCCUUGUCUGAAGUGUGUCGACCUCGUUAUUCAGGAGUUAAUCAAUACAGUUAGACAGU